CUACGGAAGUGUUAUUACGGAAAUGCUGUUUACGUUGUACGUUGCUAUGUUGUUGUUCAAGUUGUUAUAAUUACAAGUGUGUUGAGAUAGAUACGUUUUUAUAUUAUUAUAUUAAUUAUACUUGGAUCAAAAAACUUAGAGCAACGACACUUGCCGUUUGUUGCAGUUUAAUGGAACAAUAUAAUAAAACACUCAACACUUGAGAAGACCAGCGAAUCUCGCAUUUGAUUCAGUGAACAACAAAGGCUGCUAGGAUGGAUGAUAUCUAUACUUUGCAGCAGGAAGUGGGACGAGGCAGCUAUGGAGUGGUCUUCAAGGGACGUGUGACAGAGACUGGGUGGUGGGGCGAGAGGGGCGACACGGUGGCCAUUAAACGUCUACCAUGUUGUAACCCAGAGAGUAUAGAGCUUUACCUGCAGGAACUGUGGGCUAUGAGAAUCACAGCACGAAACCAUCCCAAUGUCAUCGCUCUAUACAACUGCCUCUUACAGACUGGACCUAGAACACUGCAACCCCUGAAAUCAGGGAGGCUUCCUUUGGAUUUAGUGGAGAGUGCUCUCAAAGGAAGAGUGGUGGACAAAGACACAAAAACCCUGAAGAAUCCCUCCAGGUCAAAGAGGAGGCUGAUGUCCACAGAGGAGGUUCCCCGGCGCUGCUUUGCCCUUUGGUUGGUGAUGGAGUACUGUGAAGGAGGGGAUUUGAGCCAGUACAUUCUCUCCAGGCCGCCAGAUGCUGAGUGCAACUAUGCAGUGGUUCAACAACUCGGCAGUGCCAUUGCAUUCCUGCACAGGCAUGGAAUAGUGCACCGUGAUAUAAAGCCAGAUAAUGUUCUUGUCCGUCUUACUAAAAAAGGACCGGUCAUGAAGGUGGCAGACUUUGGCCUCAGUAAGAUGGUGGACAACCCUACUGAUGGUGUCCAGAGUAGACUGGCUCUUUCCUCUACCUGUGGCUCAGACUUCUAUAUGGCUCCAGAAGUUUGGGCAGGUCGUAGUUAUACAGCCCAGGCUGACAUCUUCUCUCUGGGUGUGCUUUUCUGGGCUGUGCUGGAGAGAAUAACAUUUCUAGAGGAUGGCACCAAUCAAGAACAACUGGGUGCAUAUGUAAUGCGAGGCCGCUGGCUCAUCCCGUUAGGUGAGGCUCUGUGUCAGAAUCCCGACCUGCAGUUGAUCAUCCCUAUGAGGGCACGACGUGCUCCGCCACUGCCGCCACCUCCAAACCCUGCUAUGUGCGAGCUGCUGAUGGACAUGCUAGAUUCUGACCCCGACAUCCGGCCCACAGCAGACCAGCUGGAGAAGAGGGUCCGGCGUGCCAUGGAGGUCCACUGAUCUCAGAGCAGCAUACUAACAACCAGUCUCCUUUAUACACUGAAAAACUUGAAGAUGAAGCCAAAAAAAGAUAAAAUUGAGAUUUAUAGAUUUGUGUUAUUUGCUUUGAAUUUUCAUUUAGUCCCAUGUGUCUGUUACUGUGUGAUGCUUUAUGAAUUAUAAUUAGUAUAUAGGGCUGCAUGAUACACAUACAAAUAUCACAGAUUAAUAAACUGAUUUAUGCGUUUCAUGACUUGCGAUAAUGGAAUGAUUUUAAUACUUAUGAAAGUUCCCACACUUAAAGCAUUAUCAUACUGCCUUCAAUAUUGUGCAGCCCUAUUAGUGUAACUAAGCUUUUCCUCUAUUCUGUGAUGUUGUCAAUUUAAUUUUAGGUAUUUAUUGAGAAGUCAACGAAAGACAAAUAUAAAAUAAGUAAAACAAUACAAUACUCUGUUGAAAAACUUAUUUUCCCAGUCCAAGCUUGCUUUCUUAGAAUUUAACACCGCUUUCAUGCUUAUAAGAAUAGCCAGUCAGAAUCGGUUAUAGUUGUGUUGUCAGAAGCAGCAAGACACGAGAAACUGAGCAUUCAGAAUGGUCUCACCACAAAUCGCCACCUUGAAGCGACAGUGUAAUUAUAGAAAGUCAAAAUGACUGAAACCUUUGAAGUUUCAUAGCUGGUGGCGCAUGUUCAAUAUCAAGAUUGGAGGGGGAAUUAUUUUGUUUCCUGUAAUGUGUAUCUGUGAAAAAUGGCACAAGUAUCAAUCAUUCAGAUCGCCUGUUUUCAACUGACAGGAUUGUCAUGGUUUCUGUGGCUUUACUGGCCAGUCUCGUAGAUGGUUUUGUCUUUACAGGAUGCUUCAGAUAGUUUUCUGGUUGGGGAAAGUGCUCCAUCUUCCACAGGAAAUUAAAGUCCCCCAUUGUGAUUUAUAUAAAUGAUAUUUGGCUCAGUUUGUGUUCAAUACCUCUCAGGUCUAGAAAGUGAAAAACACUAAAUCAGCUGAUUUUGAAUUUAUUUUUUUUUUACAGAUCUCUGUGAUCAAGACUAAGCAGUUAACUGCGGUGUUGAGCUGAUGGAGGCCAAUAAUAAUGCCAAAGUUGAAUAUUAAUGACUUGCGAGAGUGUUCAAGGGUUUCAAAACCUUACAGCCUCACCGCAAUAACAUAAAGCGUCUGAGAAUCCUUCUAAGUGGAUCUCAUCUGUGACAUUUCCAUCUCUAGAGACACUUUGCCCUUUUCCCUCACGCUUCGCUGGUUU